AUGAUGGAGAAGAUGCUGUUCUGGGCACUGUUCCUUUUACUUGGUAAUUUCUGCAUAGCAGAUCUGCCAAAGAAGCCAGAAAACAUUUCCUGCAUUUUCUAUUAUAAGAAGAAUUUCACUUGUACUUGGAGUCCAGAAAAGGAAGACUAUCCUACAGUCUACACUGUCAAUAGAAUUUGCAAAUUUGGAAAAAACGACUCUUGCACAAGUGAGAAUCACGCAUCAUGUUCUUUCUUCUUCCCGGAUUUGCCAUAUCCUAGUACUUACUCCAUUGAAGUGGAAGCUAAAAAUGAUUUUGGUGAGCACAAGUCUAACAUAACAUAUUGGAAGUUGAGAAACAUAGUGAAAAUAGAGCCACCUACCAUCCUAACUGUGGAGCCAAUCCCGGGUGUUAAACAUAUGCUUCAAGUAACGUGGAGAAAACCUGAGGGGGUACCUGCUUCAAACUCAUACGUAUGCCACCUGAGAUAUAGGAGAGUGAAUAGUGCUAAUUGGAAGCCAGUCAGCCACAUGAUGGUAAAUGAAACACCGUACAAUCUCACUGGACUGUGGCCUCUGAGGCAAUAUGCUGUGUCCAUGCGAUGCCAUGUGAGCACCUCGGAGCUGUGGAGCAGCUGGAGUGAAGAGAGAAUAGGGACAACUGAGGGACUAGCUCCAAAUUCCAGUUUGGACCUCUGGAGAGUCCUUGGGCCUGUUCAGCCUGAUGGAAGGAGGACAGUACAGCUGUUGUGGAAGGAGGCAAGAGAGGAACCAAGCAUAAGGAAAGCAGAUGUCUACAAAAUCUCGUACUUUCCAGAAAAUGAGACUGCUGCUAAAGAAACAAAGACCACAGCCGAUCAACAGUUCAAAUUCCAUCUAGGAAGUGGUGCCUACCUAGUGUCUGUGGUGUACUAUACAUCUGAUGGCGUGUCUCCAGAGGCGACACUCAGAAUACCAGCUGUUCACGAAAAACUUCUCCAGUGCAUUGAGGCUAUGCAGGUGCACCGAUCUCAGGACCACCUGGAGAUACAGUGGCAGACCUCAGCUGCAGAAGUUGACAGAUGGGUAAUUGAGUGGUACCCAGACUUGGAGAUGGAGAAUUUGGAAAGAUCCUGGGAAUUUGUUUCACAGACCAGGAACUGGACAGGAAGGGCAGACAACUUUGUACCAUUCCAGUGUUACAACAUCUCGGUGUAUCCAGUGGUGGGAGUUGUUGUUGGCGUUCCCCAUUCCAUCCAGGCUUAUUUCAAAGAAGGGACCCCAUUAGAAGGUCCACUGGCCAAGGCUCAAAAUAUCAGUGCCCAGAGAGCUACAAUAAAAUGGGAGGAGAUUCCCAAGAUCCAAAGGAGGGGCUUCAUCAGUAACUACACAGUGUUUUAUAAAUCUGACCAUGGGAAAGAAUUUGCUAGGACAGUCAAUUCUCGUAUCUUGCAAUGUGAACUGGAGUCCCUGGAAAGCAACACCCAGUACACUGUCAAGGUCAUGGCAAACACCGUGGCUGGAGGCAAGAAUGGAACAAGUUUUAAUUUCAAGACUUCAUCCAUUGAUAUAAUUGAGUUUGUGCUUAUAGCCUCCGUCAUUGGAGGUGGUCUUUUUUUACUUGGAAUCCUGGUGAUGGUGUAUAGUCUCACCAAACCCAAGUUGAAACGACUAGUUUGUCCAGAAAUCCCCAAUCCUGCAAAGAGCAAGGUGGUCCUGUGGCACGGUGACAGUUUCAAUUCCAAGCUUCAUCUCGGAGAGGUCCAAUUCCAUGGCAAGAUGAAGGCAGUGGAUGAGAGGAUUCUAAAGCCAUACUUGUCUUCUUCUGGUGACUUGGUCGACAAGUUAGUGGUAGACUUCGAGAACUUCCUGGACAAAACUGAGGUUCACAGAAUAGAAAUGAUGAAGAUGCAGGAAAACAUUUUGAGUGGGGAAAAGAAGAAGUACGUGAAUUCUCCAUAUAAUUUUUACAGUCCCUCAGGAAAGGUUUUCCAAGGCCUUCCAACUUCAGCUUUGACUUCAUUUGAAGGAACACAAGAGCAAUGUUCAGAAAGGUCAGAUGAGGAAGCCGAGGAAAGACCCUCCCAGAGGCCAAGUGGAAUUCUGGAGCCAGAGCAGCAACCCUGGGAAGAAGCCGGAUUGAAUCCAUAUUUGAAAAAUUCAGUGACGACAAGGGAAUUCCUCACUUCUGAGAAAUCUUCUGAUCCAAUCAAGAAGAAGACUGAAAUAUAACUGUAGUCUGGGUUUGUUUUCAUUUUUGUUUGUUUUGGGGAGGAGUAACAGGGUAGAAUGACCCUUAAUUAGAAGCAACGUGUUUGAAUGGGCUUCUGGG